GUGGGGGCGGGCCCUGUGCUGUCAGCGGCACGAAGAGGAGGAAGGAGCUGGUGGCGUGCGUCGUGAGAGGCGGGACCAGGUGGCCUGCCGAGGGUCGGGCGGCGGAGGCCGGGCCAUGCUGGCGGGCGGGAGAGUGGGGCCGCCGGGGCCCGUGGUGGUCGCCGUCGUACUGCUGCUGAGUGGCGUGGGGCCGGCGCGCGGCUCCGAGGAUAUCGUGGUGGGGUGCGGGGGCUUCGUCAAGUCGGACGUGGAGAUCAACUACUCGCUCAUCGAGAUAAAGUUGUACACCAAGCAUGGAACUUUGAAAUACCAGACAGACUGUGCCCCAAACAACGGUUACUUUAUGAUCCCCUUGUAUGAUAAGGGAGAUUUCAUUCUGAAGAUUGAGCCUCCCCUAGGGUGGAGUUUUGAGCCAACGAAUGUGGAACUCUACGUGGAUGGCGUCAGUGAUAUCUGCACAAAGGGAGGGGACAUCAACUUUGUGUUCACGGGGUUCUCUGUGAAUGGCAAGGUUCUCAGCAAAGGGCAGCCCCUGGGGCCCGCAGGAGUUCAGGUUUCUCUCAGGAACACAGGGACUGAAGCGAAGAUCCAGUCAACAGUUACACAGCCUGGCGGCAAGUUUGCAUUUUUUAAAGUUCUUCCUGGAGACUAUGAAAUCCUUGCGACUCACCCAACCUGGGCGUUGAAAGAGGCUAGCACCACUGUGCGCGUAACCAACUCCAAUGCCAACGUAGCCAAUCCCCUCAUCGUUGCCGGCUAUAAUGUGUCUGGCUCUGUUCGAAGUGACGGGGAACCUAUGAAAGGGGUGAAGUUUCUUCUCUUUUCUUCUUUAGUAAGCAAAGAGGAUGUCCUGGGCUGCAAUGUCUCACCAGUGCCUGGGUUCCAGCCCCAAGACGAGACUCUGGUGUAUUUGUGCUAUGUGGUCUCCAAAGAAGAUGGCUCGUUCUCCUUCUAUUCCUUGCCAAGUGGGGACUAUACAGUGGUUCCGUUCUAUAGAGGGGAGAGGAUUACUUUUGAUGUUGCUCCUUCCAGACUUGACUUCAGAGUGGAACAUGACAGCCUGAAAAUUGAGCCUGUGUUCCACGUCAUGGGGUUCUCCGUCACCGGCAGGGUCUUGAAUGGACCUGAGGGAGAAGGUGUCCCGGAGGCAGUCGUCACUCUGAACAACCAAAUCAAAGUCAAAACAAAAGCGGAUGGCUCGUUCCGCCUGGAGAACAUAACAACGGGGACAUACACCAUCCAUGCUCAGAAAGAGCACCUCUACUUUGAAACAAUUACAAUCAAAAUUGCUCCCAACACACCUCAGCUGGCUGACAUCAUCGCAACAGGGUUCAGUGUCUGUGGUCAGAUAUCAAUCAAGCGCUUCCCCGACACAGUCAAGCAGAUGAGUAAAUACAGAGUUGUCCUGUCAUCUCAAGACAAGGACAAAUCUUUGGUCACCGUGGAGACGGAUGCUCAUGGAUCAUUUUGUUUUAAAGCAAAACCGGGGACCUACAACGUCCAGGUGAUUGUUCCUGAGGUGGAGACACGAGCGGGGCUGACUCUGAAACCCCAGAUGUUUCCUCUCACGGUAACUGACAGGCCUGUGAUGGAUGUGGGUUUUGUGCAGUUUUUGGCAUCCGUUUCUGGGAAAGUCUCUUGUUUGGAUACCUGCGGUGAUCUGCUGGUGACCCUGCAGUCCCUGAGCCGCCAGGGCGAGAAGCGGAGCCUCCAGCUCUCUGGCAAGGUCAACUCGAUGACUUUCAUGUUUGACAGCGUACUCCCCGGAAAAUACAAAAUAAGCAUCAUGCAUGAGGAUUGGUGCUGGAAGAACAAGAGUCUGGAGGUGGAAGUUCUGGAAGAGGACGUGUCAGCGAUUGAGUUUAGGCAGACGGGCUAUAUGCUGAGAUGCUCCCUUUCUCAUGCAAUCACUCUGGAAUUUUAUCAGGAUGGAAAUGGACCUGAGAAUGUGGGGAUUUAUAACCUCUCCAAAGGAGUCAACCGAUUCUGCCUGUCCAAGCCUGGCGUGUACAAAGUGACCCCUCGCUCCUGCCACCGGUUUGAACAAGCUUUCUACACCUAUGACACGUCUUCACCCAGUAUCUUGACGUUGACAGCCAUUCGCCAUCAUGUCCUUGGAACUAUCACCACUGACAAGAUGAUGGAUGUCACCGUGACUAUCAAGUCUUCCAUUGACAGCGAGCCCGCCUUAGUCUUAGGCCCUCUGAAGUCUGUGCAGGAGCUCCGGAGGGAGCAGCAGCUGGCUGAGAUUGAGAGCCGCAGGCAGGAGAGGGAGAAGAGUGGCAAAGAAGAAGAUGGAGAAGGGAUGACAAAACCUCCCGUGCAGGAGAUGGUAGAUGAAUUACAAGGCCCCUUCUCAUAUGAUUUCUCUUACUGGGCACGGUCUGGAGAGAAAAUCACUGUUACACCCUCGUCUAAAGAACUUCUCUUUUAUCCGCCUUCAAUGGAAGCUGUCGUCAAUGGAGAGAACUGUCCAGGGAAGCUGAUCGAGAUCCAUGGGAAGGCAGGCUUGUUUUUAGAAGGUCAGAUCCACCCCGAGUUGGAAGGAGUUGAGAUUGUCAUUCGUGAAAAGGGGGCAAGCUCACCCCUGAUCACAGUCUUUACCGAUGACAAGGGUGCCUAUAGUGUUGGACCCCUGCACAGUGAUCUGGAAUAUACUGUGGACUCACAGAAGGAGGGCUAUGUUUUGACUGCUGUGGAAGGAACCAUAGGAGACUUUAAGGCUUAUGCCUUAGCAGGCGUAAGCUUUGAGAUUAAAGCUGAAGAUGACCAGCCCCUCCCUGGGGUUCUCUUGUCCCUCAGUGGUGGCGUGUUUCGUUCCAACCUCUUGACUCAGGACAACGGCAUUCUAACAUUCUCAAACCUGAGCCCUGGGCAGUAUUACUUCAAACCCAUGAUGAAAGAAUUCCGGUUUGAGCCGUCCUCACAAAUGAUCGAGGUGCAGGAGGGACAGAACCUGAAGAUCACCAUCACUGGGUAUCGGACAGCCUACAGUUGCUAUGGCACAGUUUCUUCUUUAAAUGGAGAACCAGAACAGGGCAUUGCCGUGGAAGCCGUGGGACAGAAUGACUGUAGCAUUUAUGGAGAAGACACCAUGACAGAUGAAGAGGGGAAGUUCAGAUUGCGUGGAUUGCUGCCGGGAUGUGUAUACCACGUUCAGCUCAAGGCAGAAGGCAACGAUCACAUUGAACGGGCUCUCCCCCACCAUCGGGUAAUUGAGGUUGGCAAUAAUGACAUCGAUGACGUAAACAUCAUAGUUUUCCGGCAGAUUAAUCAAUUUGACUUAAGUGGAAAUGUGAUCACUUCCUCUGAGUAUCUCCCAACAUUGUGGGUAAAGCUUUACAAAAGCGAGAACCUUGACAAUCCAAUCCAGACGGUGUCUCUCGGCCAGUCCCUCUUCUUCCACUUCCCCCCACUGCUUAGAGACAGUGAGAAUUAUGUUGUGCUUCUGGACUCCACGCUCCCCAAAUCCCAGUACGACUAUGUCUUGCCUCAAGUCUCUUUUACUGCCGUUGGCUACCAUAAACAUAUCACUUUGAUUUUUAAUCCCACGAGGAAACUGCCUGAACAAGACAUUGCCCAGGGAUCAUACAUUGCCCUGCCUUUGACGUUGCUUGUUCUGUUGGCUGGUUACAACCAUGAUAAGCUCAUUCCUUUGCUGUUGCAGUUGACAAGUCGACUGCAGGGAGUCCGUGCUCUUGGUCAGACAGUCUCUGACAACAGCGGCCCAGAAGAUGCAAAAAGACAGGCCAAGAAACAGAAGACAAGGCGGACGUGAGGAGGAAAGGGGCCAGUUGAAAUUUCGCUUGGGACAGGCCACAGCAAGGGGUGUGAAGGCACGCGUUUGAGUAACUUCAGGCAUGCGCUGUGUUUUCACUGUGAUCGUAGCUGCCUGUGCCUGUUCUCCCGUAUAGAUGGCCCCUGAGGCAAUGGGAUGAUUGGACCCUCCUGUCAUUUUGGUUAAUGCAAUUUAUUUUCUGAAUUGAAGAUAAUUUAUUAUUAUUUUUUUGGUCAAAGAAGUAUUUUAAGCUCUGUUGGUGAUAUGAAAAUGUAAUUCUUAAUCUUCAGCGUUCAUUUGCAAGAAGAAUUCCAGUAAACAUGGUUUCUUGUUCCAUAAUAAAGUACCUUUUGAAUUUACCUUUUUCCGUCACUUGCCUUUGCAUUUGGAAGCCUUGCUGGAAACUGCAGCAGCCUGUAUCCAUGAUUAGGAUGGUAUGUUAGGAGAUUAAAAAAAAACCCAAUAAAAUUGCUUACUUAUUUGUGUUUUAGCUCAUCUCAGAUGUAUUUCUUGUGACAUUGGCAUAGUGCUGGGGUCGCAGAUUGAGAUGCCUAUGGGGCAGGUAGGAGUCCUGAGUGAAGUGGGCUGGGAGAAGAAAAGUGUUGGCACAAGUGAGAUGAUAAAUUGCAGCUGUGGUUCGAUUUCAGUAAUAGGACAAUAAGGGCUGGGGGAUUGUGGCAAAUUGAAGAGUGUCGACCCCAUCUAAUGGAGCUCACAGUUCCUCAGUUCCAGCCCACUCUUGCCCUGUAGGAAUGUGUGUCUAUUUUGAGAGCAAUCAGAAAGUUUUGUAUGAAAUCUUCCAAGUUUUAAAUGUUAGCAACGAAUAAAAAAUUUUUAAAAAACAACACGCUUUUGGCCAAACAAAACAUAUAUGUAGGAUGGGUGAGGCUUGAAGGAUGUCACUUUGCAAAAGGGAUGCACAGGAAUUCACAGCAUACUAACAGCAUUAACUUAAUUCUUGUAGGAAGUAAGUUACUUAUCUUGAAGCAGGGGAAACAUCCAUCCAUUCAGCAUUUACCAACUACCACAUAGGACAGACACUGGGGAUUUGAAGCCAAGUAGAACAGGCGAUACUAUAAACAGUUUAAAGAGGACAGGGACGACAUCUGCUUUGUUCCUCAUUGUAUCCCCAGUGCUUGGCAUGCAGUGGGCAUUCAGAUAGGAAUGAAUGGAUGCAUGCAUCAGUGAAUAGAUGGGCACCACAGAGUGCACAACCCAUUGUCAAGUGGAAGACACCAGUAAGCAGACCAGAGUAUAAUGAGCUUAGGGAUCUUGGUGAAGGAAGCUCAAGGGGUCAUGGGAGCACAGAGCAGAGGUCUAAUCUGGUCUGAGGACUUGGUGAUGCCUCCUGAAUGUGAUGCUUGAGCUGGGUCUGGAAGAACAAAGAAUAGAGUGGAAAAAUAAGGCAGAAGGAUGUUACUACCAGGGCAGAUGGUGAGCUUGAAGGAUUUCCUGGCUCUUGGUGGCCACCCGAAGAGCUGCUGUUUCCAGCUAGCAGCUGCUGCAUUGUUGACCAUUACACUGACUGUCGUCUUUUUUUUUUUU